CAUCCUUUCCCACACGCACGCUCACACACACACACACAGUGAUUUCUCCUCGUUCUUUGUCAAAGGUAAAAGCUAGUGACAGCUGACUGAGAGUGUGGAACAUAAAAAAGGACAGUCUUGUGUUUAUCAAACCAUUCUCAACAAGGUAAAAAACAGCUGGUUCUUGAAUCUUGGCCCUUGAUAUUUCACAAGUGGAGAGAAAGAACGAGAAAGAGAGAAAGAGAUGGUGGGCUCAGGAGAAAGUAGAAGAAAAGAAGCAGUAGGGAUGAUGGCAUUACAUGAGGCUCUUAGAAAUGUCUGUCUUAACUCAGACUGGACUUACUCUGUCUUCUGGACCAUUCGUCCUCGCCCGAGAGUUCGAGGUGGUAAUGGUUGCAAAGUUGGAGAUGACAAUGGUAGCUUGAUGUUGAUGUGGGAAGAUGGUUUCUGUAGAGGAUCAGAUUGCUUGGACCAAAUAGAAGGAGAGGAUCUUGUGAGAAAAGCCUUCAGCAAAAUGUCCAUUCAGUUAUAUAAUUAUGGAGAAGGGUUGAUGGGAAAAGUUGCAUCUGAUAAAUGUCAUAAAUGGGUUUUCAAGGAGCCUACAGAAAACGAAUCAAAUGUAUCCAACUACUGGCAAAGUUCAUUUGAUGCGCUUCCUACUGAGUGGACUGAUCAGUUCGAGUCAGGUAUUCAGACUAUUGCUGUAAUUCAAGCUGGACAUGGCCUUCUUCAACUAGGUUCUUGCAAGAUUAUAGCAGAAGAUCUCCAUUUCGUGUUGAGAAUGAGGCACACAUUUGAGUCUCUAGGCUACCAAUCCGGCUAUUAUUUGUCGCAGCUCUUUUCUUCAACGCGAAUCACUUCAACUUCGUCCACAUUUCCUCUGAAGCAACAGAUCAAUAUGCCUAUACGUCCUCCUCCCGUUUUCAACUGGGGAUCAAGGCCAAUUCCUUCAGCAACUUCGCUUCACGCCUAUCCUAACUUCCAAAAUUCCGCUAUGAUUGGAGGAAUUCCACAUUCGUCUGAAGCUCAGACGAUGGAAAAUCAUCACGAGAACGAUGACAUCAAAUGGCCUAAUGGAUUGACUAUUUUCAGCGCGCUCACUGGUCAAAGUGAUGAUUCCAGGCUUCUUUUUAAUCCUGAUAGCUUAAGCAGCAAAUCAGAGCAUAAUCAGCACGCGAUGAAUCAUGAUGAGAAGACCUCGAAUCCCACUUCAGAUUCUUCAAAUCAGAACGAGUUCUUGAGCCUAGAGAGCCAUUUCGGAUAGUAUUUACAACAACAAUAACUCAGUAAAAUCCCACAAAUAGGGUCUGGGACGGUAGUGUGUACGCAGACGAUGAAGAAGUUGUUGGGGAAGUUUUAGUUCUGUUUUUCUGUUUGUAGGUCUGUGCUUUGUUUUUAGUACUCUUGAUUAAUAGUUUGGUGUUUUUUAUCCCUUUAACAUUUUGCAUAAUUGCUUGUAGUGUUUUUAGUUCAUCUUAGAAAAAGAAGAAAAAAAUUGUUUC